AGUGAUCUAUUUUCGUUAUCCGCUCUUCUGAUAGCGCAAGCAAUUCUUAUCCAGUCAAGUGAUGAUGAAGUGACAAUUUCAGAAUCUUUCUGGCAUAUGUAUACGUUUUAUGAAACAUGGUUGCGAAAGCUGAAUUAAAUGUGUUCUGAUUGCAUCACAAUUGUUGUCUUAUUCAUAAAUAGAUUAGGAAAUAAGAUAAAAUUAUGAGUUGCUGAUGAGCGGUAUGUAAAUUAAAAACUAUUAUAAUAUCGUCUUUAUAUUGAAACUUGUACACAUAUGUAUAGUAACAAUUAAAAGGCAAGAAUAAAUAAGAAAAUGUCGCUAUUGCAACAAUUUGCGGAUUUGUUGAGCCUGAUAACGAUAGGCAUGUGUUUCGUAUUGAAAAUUCCACAGAUAUUAAAAUUAGUUUCUGUAAAAUCAGCUGAUGAAAUGUCGAUGAUAGGAUUACUUUUAGAAUUAACAAGUUACACUAUAAUGACUAGUUAUAACUAUACAAAUGGAUAUUCGUUACUGUCUUACUUGGAAUAUCCAAUAAUAUUAGUCCAGGAAUAUAUACUGAUAUUCCUUGUACUAAAAUAUUUGAGCAGGAUCAAUAUGUGGUCCUUCUUAUGUGCCAUGAUAUACUUUGCGUUAAGUAGCUGUUUGCUACUGGGAAUUGUUCCAAAAGUUAUACUUACACUUUUAGCGCCAAUGUGUACGCCGAUCUCAGCUUCCAGUAAAGUCGUCCAACUACUAGCCAUACUUCGAGCUAAAAACGCAGAAUCGGUAUCGCCUCUCACUUGGUUUAUAUCCGCCUUUACUAACCUGACGAGAGUAUUCACAAUAUGGAUGGAUUCUGCCGAUAUAUUACUAUUGGGAAACUUUAUCAUAUCAGUCUUGUUGAGUUCUAGCAUCAUGUUCUCUGCCCUUUAUUAUAGAAGCCAUCCGUUGAAGCGGGAUUAAAUGAAUAACAGGAGAAUUAUACAUCUAGUCGCAAGCGUAUGCUAUGAAAUUGACAACUUGUGCUAUAUAUUUGUUGAGAGCAUAAUCAUAAAAGGU